AUGUCGGAAAGGGAUCAAGCUAAAUGGAUGAACCACAUGCAGAUGCAGUAUGGAUUGCGUGCUCGCUGGGCCCACCUAAAAAUCCACAAGGGCAAGGAAGAAAUCUCGAAGACCACUAAGCGUAAGGUAUUUACCUUGACGCUUAACUUUUGUGUGCUCCAGGGGAAAUUCUGCUCUCUACUCGAACCACGGGACUUGGUGAGCGUAUUGGCACUUUGCAACUUGACUCCUAUCAGCGGCUCCGUACGCCGCACUGCUGCCCAGAACCUCACCGGCGCUCGUACUGUGGACGAAGUCUACUUGGCCGUCGCUGCCGAACUGUCGCCAACCUACUACACUUCGUGUGACGUCGGGAGCCUUCGCGUACAACUAGCGUCGACUGAGCUCGCUCGCCAGUCGUUGGAGAACAGGCUAUUUGCCACGGUGCGUAUUCGCGAGAAUCUCGAGCUGCUCGCUCGUCAAGUGCACCUCCGUAGCGACAUGGACGCGAAAGCGGCAAUCGACAUUCGAGUCCAACCCGAAACACGGCGAAGCUUCAGCAGCUCAUCGUGCCCGUGCAAGCCGAAAACUGGAUGCUGCAAAGGCAAAAUUGCGCGUGAGCGUGAUGCCAAGAUGGCAACCAACACUUCCCACUUGAACAAGCUCCAUCACCUGCUGUCGGACCUUGUUCACGGAGACUCCUCGAACGUCCAAGCACUGCGGACGAACGUUGCAACGCAACACGAUCGGAUCGAGCGUCUGAUGCACGCAGACGGGGUAUCCGUCAGCAGGUCAACCUCCGAGCUCUGGAUGCCGACACUCUGGUACUGGCCGCCAAACGACAUGCUCUAA